CACCACCAUCACCACCACCACUAUCAUCACUAUCACCACUAUCACCACCACCACCACCAUCACCGCCAGCACCAUCACCACCAUCACCACCACCCUCACCAGCACCAGCACCACCAGCACCACCAUUACCACCAGCACCAUCACCACCAUCACCAUCAGCACCACCACCACCACCAGCACCAUCCUCACCACCACCAUCACCACCAUCACCAUCACCACCUUCCUCACCAGCACCAUCACCACCAGCACCAUCACCACCAGCACCAUCACCACCAUCACCACCAGCACCAUCACCACCAGCACCAUCACGACCAUCACCACCAUCACCACCAUCAACACUAGCACCAUCAACACCAUCACCACCAGCACCAUCACCACCAUCACCACCAGCACCAUCACCACCAUCCCCACCAUCACCACCACAACCAUCACCACCAUCACCACCAGAACCAUCACCACCAGCACCAUCCUCACCAGCACGAUCACCACCAUCCUCACCAGCACGAUCACCACCACCACCAUCCUCACCAGCACCAUCACCACCAUUACCACCAGCACCAUCAGCACCAUCACCACCAUCACCACCAGCACCAUCGCCACCAGCACCAACAUCACCAUCACCACCAUCACCACCAGCACCAUCCUCACCACCACCAUCACCACCUUCCUCACCAGCACCAUCACCACCAUCACCACCAGCACCAUCACCACUAUCACCAUCACCACCAUCACCACCAUCACCAUCACCACCAGCACCAGCACCACCAUUUGUAAGUUCCUGUCCCCCCCCCCCCCCACCCUCUACCAACUCCCUUUCUCCACAAAAACAACAAAAACCAACACAACGAGACAACAAAAAAAAAAUGAUACUACGCUCGAUAACCACAGUUCGCCCUCUUCCUCCACCGUCUCCCGCUACUUCUAAUAUUUACACACAAGGGGCUAGUAACUGCGGCCGACUUGAUUUCUUUGUCACGUGA